AUCUGCCAAAAACCAUCAGAUGGGUGACAGUCAUACAAACUGGACCACCAUGUUCUUCCAAAUCAUGUUCCUAAUAUGUUCAGUUUGUAAUACUCAUGGUGUUGCUAGUACUGCAUCACCAUCGUGUGCCAGCGAUGAAUACAGAGCGGGACAGCUCUGCUGCUUUGCAUGUCCUGGUGGAUAUAGGGUUCAUAGGGAUUGCACAGCGACAGCCAAUACAUUGUGCUCAAAGUGCCCCGAUGAUACUUUCAAAGAAGGCCUUAGCGGACAGAAGCAGUGCUCUGCCUGUACAGAGUGUGACCGAGGUCUCGGCCUGAAGGUGAAGAAGUGGUGUACUCCAACAUCAGAUGCUGAGUGUGAGACCCGGGAUGGAUUCUUCUGUAGAUAUAGGGUUCAUAGGGAUUGCACAGCGACAACCAAUUCAUUGUGCUCAAAGUGCCCCGAUGGUACUUUCAAAGAAGACCUUAGCGGACAGAAGCAGUGCUCUGCCUGUACAGAGUGUGACCCAGGUCUCGGCCUGAAGGUGAAGAAGUGGUGUACUCCAACAUCAGAUGCUGAGUGUGAGACCCGGGAUGGAUUCUUCUGUAGUGAGACAGCAGAUAAAGACACAUUCUCAGAGGCCACGUUGUCAUGCCAACCCCACACGAUAUGUGAUUCUGUUGGAGGGGUGCAGAUACAACCAGGAACUGAUUCAACUGAUUCUACAUGUAUUAAAUAUGUGGCAAUUGUGUUCAUAAUAAUAGGAUGCAUAUCUUUUAUUAUAUUAGUCCUGGGAGCAUUCUUUUAUAGAUGGCGGAAAAUCGAAAGGGAUUUAACUGAAUUGGAAAAACAAAUAGAUGAGAUGGUAAGUGUUAUUACUGGUUUGAUACAGAACACAAUAAUAUGUGUGAACCUAGCUGGCAGUGGUGGAGUUAUUAGAUGAUGACCAGAGGCGGAUUAACACCCAGGCUAGCCUUGGCUGAGCCUAGGGGCCCAGGUGUGCACGGGGCCCUGGAUGGGCCAGACUAUUUUAAAUUUGACUUAAAAUAAAAAAAGACUUGACCCCUAUUGGCCCAUAACAAGAACCAUUAAAAAGUGAAGCAGCUGAUUGGGUAGAUGUGUGGGUCAUGUCAUGUGACCAGGUUCAUAAAGUCAGUUUGGUUGUAAAGGAAUACGUCACAUCUGCUGGACAGCAAAGAGGCAGAAUGUCAGAAAAGCGAAAAGCACAAGUGUUUCCAUUUGUCGAUACAGCACUCAGACUAUUAAUGACUUGCCUGUGUCCAAUGCCAGCGGGGGACGCUAUUUUCUCAAAAUUGGCGCUAGUUACAGAAAGACUGAGAUCCACAAUGGGCCAAAACAGACUGAAUCUCCUGUCUCUGAUCUGUCCAUUAACAGCGAUAUUCUUGGCAAAUUAGAUUUUACCAGCCUCAUUAAGGAGUUCGGUCGGUCGGUCGGUCCCCAGAAAUACGUGGUCACAGCAGCUAUGGGGAAUUCACCCUUGUUUCUGUAUCAUUGCUGUUUUAGUGAAGGCCGACUCAAUGUGUGUGUGUGUGUGUGUGUGUGUGUGUGUGUGUGUGUGUGUGUGUGUGUGUGUGUGUGUGUGU